AUGUCUCUCCCCGAAAGGCCCGGUGCGAGAGCCUCGUACGAGCAGCGUACUGCAUACAGGCAAUCCACGCGGCGCAACCGUCCGUCUGACAUCGAGGCUGGUAGUCGUUAUGGGAACGAGGGCACAAUGCAUUCCCGUGGGGCUUCAUCUCACUCCGCUGCGACAACUGUGCCACCUCCAUCUAACACCACUGCAGACGAUGCGCCCCUGUCGCCAGACCUUGAGAGUGCUGGCAUGCCUGGCGAGGCAGCCAUAUCGCGGAAACGAAGCUUGGUAAAGCCCGAACGGAACAGAAUUGGGAAGGAUCAUCCGAACUACCACUACCGUCAACAUUCAGCACACAUGGACACGAGGCCGUCGCGGACCGGCAACAACCCAGUCUACGAGGAGUUCGAAGGGACGACUUAUUUGGCCACGUCGAAUCGGGAAGACGCACUGUCUGAAUCGAUAACAUCAAAGGGUAAAAAAGGAAGCAGCAGAGAUAGUGGCGAAGCCGAGAAACCGAAACGCUCAAGGAAGAGGGCAAACAGCCGGAAGCAUUCGGGGAAAAUCACGAAGAGGGGCUCAAAACACCGAAAGGACGUCGAGCAGAUACGACCACCUAGCCUCUGGGACAUAUACUGCGCCAUCAUCACGUUCUGGUGUCCGAAUUUCGUAUUGAAGUGCUUUGGGAAGCGAUCAAAGGACCAAGCACGAGCCUGGCGAGAGAAGAUGGGACUUCUGAGUAUCAUCGCCUUCAUCAUGGCGGUUGUCGGCUUCUUGACUUUUGGGUUCACCCGCACAGUCUGUGGUACACCAUCGCAGCGCCUCCAAGUGAACCACGUGGGCGGCGGCUUCAUGAUUUUCCACGGGCAAGCAUACGACCUCUCUACAUCCCACCAUCCGGCGGCUGAGGGCAUCCCUAAGUCGGGUUCCUCAGGGGCAAAUGUUCUAUACGACCUCCCGGAGAAGCAGGGUGGGAAAGACGGGAGCUUCUUGUUCCAAAAUGUGAACGGAAAAUGCAAGGACAUUAUCACCUUGGCUGACAACUCGGACGUACCCACAAACAGCGAUGGUGAUCUGGCUUGGUACUUCCCAUGCAACACUUUUAAUCAAGACGGAUCUUCCGACCCCAACCUCACCAUUCCGUACUACCUUGGUUACGCUUGCCACACGACCGCAUCCUCACGGAACACCUUUUAUGCCCUGAACCCGACCGCUGAUGUCUAUUUCGACUGGGAUGAUGUCAAGAAUAGCUCCCGAAAUCUUGUGGUCUACUCUGGGGACGUACUUGAUCUGGAUCUUCUCAACUGGUUCAAUUCAUCCCAAGUCUCAGUUCCCAAUCGCUUCAAGGAGCUUGCUGACAAGAAUUCUGCGGCAAACGCGGAUGUGAGGGGCCGCGAUGUCACUCACGCUUUCAUGAAAUCAGGAGACAAGGCGACGGCUGAAUGUCUUCAGCAAAUCAUCAAGGUCGGAUCAGUGGACUCUGACUCGGUGGGCUGCAUUGCUUCACAGGUCGUUCUGUAUCUUUCACUUGUUCUAAUUUUGUCUGUUGUUGUCGUCCGCUUCGUCUUGGCCUUGAUCUUCCAGUGGUUCAUCAGCCGGCGAUACGCAGCAGCCAAAACGUCCCAAUCAUCGGACAGGAGAAAACGCAACCAGCAAAUCGAGGAAUGGUCAGAGGACAUCUACCGCGCACCGGCACGCUUGCCAGGUGACGUUGGGAGCAGUGUUGCAGGAGCCUCGUCUGACCGCACAAGCAAGCGCGCCAGCACGUUCCUACCCACUACGUCGCGAUUCUCAACUGUGUACGGUGUCGACCGGAACUCCCGCAGGCCUACUAUGCCGACAACAAUGGCGAGCCAAAGCUCUGGAGCUGCCUUGCUUCACCCGACCUCGAUGUACGGGCAACAAAACCCCAGUCGCAACAGCUUCUUGGCCUCCGAUCCGUACGGCCCUCAGCCCAGCCCCACAGACGGACCGGGCCCGGCCGGCUUCAUACACGAGGCAGUCGUGCCCCAACCACCAUCCGACUGGAUGCCGUUCGGGUACCCACUAGCACACACUCUCUGUCUUGUCACUGGGUAUUCCGAGGGCGAGGAAGGCAUUCGGACCACACUCGACUCAAUCGCCAUGACUGACUAUCCUAACAGCCACAAGUGUAUCCUCGUUAUCUGCGAUGGUAUCAUCAAGGGCAAGGGCGAGAGCAUGUCGACACCUGAAUACUGUCUCAGCAUGAUGAAGGACUUCACUAUUUUGCCCGAGGAGGUACAGCCAUUCUCGUACGUCGCUGUUGCUACGGGCUCCAAGCGUCACAACAUGGCCAAGGUUUACUCUGGUUUCUACGACUACGGUACCAAGUCGCGAAUUCCUUUGGAAAAGCAACAACGGGUCCCGAUGAUGUUGAUAUCUAAGUGCGGUACGCCCGACGAGGCCACUAAAUCGAAACCCGGAAAUCGAGGCAAGCGAGACAGUCAGAUCAUCCUCAUGUCUUUCCUGCAGAAGGUCAUGUUUGACGAACGUAUGACUGAACUCGAGUAUGAGAUGUUCAACGGCCUAUGGAAAAUCACCGGAAUAUCACCAGAUUUCUACGAAAUAGUAUUGAUGGUAGACGCCGAUACGAAGGUGUUCCCUGACAGUCUUACCCACAUGGUCUCCGCGAUGGUCAAGGAUCCUGAGAUCAUGGGCUUGUGCGGCGAGACAAAGAUUGCCAAUAAACGGGACAGCUGGGUGACGGCGAUCCAGGUCUUUGAAUAUUUCAUCUCACAUCACCAGGCCAAGUCGUUUGAAUCGGUCUUUGGUGGUGUCACCUGCCUGCCAGGUUGUUUCUGCAUGUAUCGAAUCAAGGCUCCGAAAGGGGGCGCGAACUACUGGGUCCCGGUCUUGGCCAACCCCGACGUGGUUGAGCAUUAUUCGGAGAACGUGGUGGACACCUUGCACAAGAAGAAUCUGCUCCUUUUGGGAGAGGAUCGUUACCUGACGACCCUUAUGCUUCGGACAUUCCCCAAGCGAAAGCAGGUGUUCGUUCCUCAAGCAGUUUGCAAGACCACGGUGCCUGAUAAAUUUAUGGUCCUCCUGUCUCAAAGGCGUCGCUGGAUCAACUCGACCAUCCACAAUCUCAUGGAGCUCGUCCUUGUCAGAGAUCUCUGUGGUACCUUCUGUUUUAGUAUGCAGUUCGUGGUGUUCAUCGAGUUGAUGGGCACGCUGGUCCUGCCUGCUGCUAUUGCGUUCACCCUCUACGUCGUCGUCUCUUCCAUCAUCGGGCCAGCCCAAGUUAUUCCCUUGGUCCUGCUCGCGCUGAUUCUGGGAUUGCCAGGCGUGCUCGUGGUCGUGACAGCACACUCGUGGACAUACAUCGUGUGGAUGAUCAUCUACCUAGUGUCCCUACCUAUUUGGAAUUUUGUUCUGCCGACCUACGCGUUCUGGAAGUUUGAUGACUUCUCGUGGGGAGACACUCGUAAGACAGCGGGCGAGACAAAGAAGGGCGGUCAUGGUGAGCAGGAGGGCGAGUUCGACAGCAGCAAGAUCACCAUGAAGCGGUGGGCCGAAUUCGAGCGUGAGCGCAGAACGCGAGAUCAGUACUGGGGCUCGAAAGAUAGUGUCGCAGGCAACACCGGUAGUGGUUACUGGCCAGCGACUCCUUCGCCUGGCUACCAUGACGAGUACUACUCGGAUGCAUGA